GACGCAACGGGCGCUGGAGCCGCGGCCAGGCGGCCAGCGCAUUCGUUGGCGGACAAAGUCGUGCCGUACGCGACGCACACCGUCCAGAGACGCUGCCGGCAACCACCAUCGCGGUAACGGUCCGCCGGGUGCCCCCUGGGAAGGGGAAGGGCAGCCUUCACCAUGAUGUCGAACCUCGAGUUCCGUUUAAGUGAUAUGGAGUUCAUGCAGCCCUGCCAGUACUACCUGUCCUUGCAGCUCGACGAGAACAAGAAAAGAUUAAGGACGAAAGUCUCCGCCGAGACGAAGAAUCCAGUCUUCGAGGAGGCCUUCUGCACCACGGACUUCGAGGAGGACUUCGCCAUCAUCGGUGCGGAUAGCAUAGAACGAACCUUGACAUUGGACGUGUUUGUCGUGCUCACGAAGCAGGAUGCGACGUCCGCGCACGAGCUGCUCGGGAGCGUGACGGUGCCGCUGCCUCGCUUCGAACCCUCAGAUACGCUGCAAUCCGAGACGCGCUCAUUAUCCUUCACGCGCCUGGAGAAGAAGUCGAACACGCAGAUCGACGUCGGGCGGUUCAAGCUCGAAAUUGCGGAGGUCAAAAAGCCUGUGCAGAAGCCGCGGACGCCCGCGCUAAGCAUGCAGUCGGAAGCUACCGAACUGUCGGAGAUCAACGCCGUGACGCCGGAACGGCCGGCCUCGGAUGUUGUGAGAUUAGUCGUGCACGCCCGCUCUGCUACGCUCGGGGACGCCGUCGACGCCGAGUUGAGACUAAGGUGCAGUACAGGAAGCGGCGCGGCCGAGACGGCGGCCCAAGUGUGUAGCGCGGCCUGUACGGUCGUGUGGAACGAGUUGCUUGUGCUCGAGGCGCCGCGCGACGCUGAACUCAAUAUAAGCGUUCUAGGCGACGGCGAGCGGUCGUCGUCGAUAGACGUCAAUCAAUUGAAACCCUUCAAGUCCUACACGUUGGAUCUACCGCUCGAGGGCCCGGGCGGCUGGGCGGCGCAUGUGACGGUCGCCGCCCACGACGACGCGGCGAAUGUCGUCUACCUCCUCAAACCCGUGUUGGAUCUCGGACCGACGAAGGCGCCGACGGGGACGGCUAUUGCGGUUGCUCAGUUGGUCCAACGGCAUGCUUUAUCAAAAUUGUCCGAGGAGCGGCGGCAGGCGCCGCCCUUGUUCCCCGUGACGCUACGACCACCCGCAGAGGACUACGCCGGUGACGACGACAUCAUUUGUCGAAGGCCGACGCUAUACACGGAGGUCGCGGGCGGGCGCGCCGUCUGGGACGACCGGAGCGUCGUUUUUACGGGAGACGGCGAGUGUUUACUGGUCGACUUUUACGCCGGCGACGGGGAACGGGGCGACCUGACGCCGGCGCACGUCGGUUUUUGUGUGCUGGACGUGCCGUCGUCGCCGACGGGCGACGCGGGCGUGCCAUCGACGGUGGCCGUGCACCACCGAUCGGGCUCGCAGAUCGGCACGUGCGCCGCGCGCGUAAGGGUCGAGGCGCGGUCGCAGCCGCCGGCGACGGCGCGAACGUCGGCGACGGCGCGGUCGCAGACGCCCUCGUUGUUAUCGCGCGGGUUGACGCCGGGGCCGCAGCUCGCCGCAACCACCGAAUGGGAGGCCGCGACGCCGCGCGUCCAACGCGCGUCGCACGGCGACGACGACGGCGAUCCUAGAGUGAGACGGCUCGCCGACGACCUCGCCGCCAAGCAGCUCGCGGUGCAGCGGCUGAUGAUGGAGCUCGAGGGCCGCGGCGACGCGCUACGAGCAUGCGGCGCCGAGAUGGCCGCGCUUCGACGGCGCGCCGACGCCGCCGAGAAAGCGAAGGAAACGCUGGAGGCGAAGGUCGCCGAGGAGGAGGCGAAACGAACGAGCGACCGCCGGACCUUCGAAACGCUCGUCGCGGAGCGGUCGCGUGGGCGUAGUAUAGACAUGAGCGACCCCAUGGCCCAAUUAAGAGCGGCCGCGUCGCUCUGCGCGCAACUAAAACGCGACAACGCGGAGUUGACCGAGGCGUCGAAGGGCGCGACGAGUGCUUCGACAAAACUUAAAGAUCUGCAGGCGGAGCACGCCCAUUUGCGGCGGGCGCACACGCAGCAGGCGGCCUACGUCCAGAGUUUACAAGAUGAUCGCGCGAAGGCCGACGCCUACCGGACGACGAUCGGCGUCCAGGAAAGAGUGAUUGCGAAGCUCGAGGAUCUGGUCUCGAAUGCGUUGCGGGAGCUCGCGGCCGGCCGCAAGGCGGAGCUCGCCGAGAGCGUCGCGCGCGCGGACCCGUCGGCGCACGGCGAGGCCGUGCGCCUGUCUGCAGCUUUACAACAUCGGGACCAACGGAUAGCCAUGCUCGAGGGCCAACUCCACGAGCAGGCGACGAAGGACGCGCGCGAGCUCGCCGAGGCGCGCCUCAAGAUCUUCGAGCUCGAGAUGGAGCGGGCCGGCGCGCCGCCGGAGCAGCGACCUUCGGGCUUCUCCGGCGUCGUCGAGGAGGCCCUGCGGGCGUCGCGACGGGAGGCCGCCGCCGACCGGCGGGAGACCAACCGCCUCAAAUUUCGUAGUGCGGCGAAUGCGGUCCACGCGGCCCGCGCUUCUGCGCCCGUGCCGUCGCCGGGCUUCGCGGACGUCGUCGGCGAGGCGUACGCGGCGUCGCGGCUCCCGGCGGUGGACGGGGCAUAUGCAUAAUUUCUGCUCUGGAUA